AUGUGUGAGGGCAAGCCUUUUUCUGACUGGGGCGUGGCCGAGUGGGACGCCAUUGGCAGGGUGUGGUUCAACCUUCCCAACAUAUUCGGUUUCCUGAUUAUGUGGGGGAUGACCAUGAUCCCGCUUACACCAGACCAGCAGAUUCGUUUACUGAAAGUAUGUUACGAUAUUUCGUACUUGCUCGGGAGCAGCGAGCUGAUGAUGUGUGUGUAUUUGAAAGCGGGCGGCACAUUUUCUAAAAAAGCGCAGUAUGAAAAUGCAAUGUCAUGUUAUACAGCUGCUAUGGAAAUAGCGAAAUCAAAUGAUGACAAUCAGACUCAAGCAGCUUGUUAUAGAUUGAUGGGUGAAAUUCAGCGCAGGCUGCACGAUUACAAUCAGUCAGUUGAGAAUUACCAACAAGCACUUAGUCUAUGUCAAAAGACAGGUGACGAGAGUGGUCAAGCUAAUGCAUACCUGGGUAUGGGUAAUGUGCACAGGUCUCAGGGCAAGUACGAGGACGCAAUGAAUAACUACCAACACGCACUUAGUCUAUUUCAAAAGACAGGUGACGUGAGUGGUCAAGCUGAAGCAUACCAUGGUAUGGGUAAUGUGCACUUUAACCAGGGCAAGUACGAGGACGCAUUGAAUAACUACCAACACGCACUUAGUCUAUUUCAAAAGAUAGGUGACGAGAGAGGUCAACCUAAUGCAUACCUGGGUAUUGGUAGUGUGCACAGGUCUCAUGGCAAGUACGAGGACGCAAUGAAUAACUACCAACACGCACUUAGUCUAUUUCAAAAGACAGGUGACGUGAAUGGUCAAGCUAAAGCAUACCAUAAUAUGGGUAAUGUGCACAACUCUCAGGGCAAGGACGAGGACGCAAUGAAUAACUACCAACACGCACUUAGUCUAUUUCAAAAGACAGGUGACGAGCGUGGUCAAGCUAAGGCAUACUAUGGUAUGGGUUUUGUGCACAGCUCUCAGGGCAAGUACGAGGACGCAUUGAAUCACUACCAACACGCACUUAGUCUAUUUCAAAAGGCAGGUAACCAGCAGGAUCAAGUUAACACAUACAACAAUAUGGCGAGUAUUCACGGAGAAAUGUGUAAAUACGAGGAGGAGAAGAAAUGCAUUCGUCAAGCAAUCAGUCUUACUGCAACGUUAGAGAACGUGCCGCCCAACCUAGGGGUGCGUGGAGGACUAUACACGAAAAGUGGAGACUUUAACGAGGCGAACAAGUGUUACGAAAAGCAGCUUGAUUUAUGUUUAAUGAAUGGCGACGUAGUUGGGCAAGCACAGACACAUGUAAUGAUGGGUACACUGCACCUGUCUCAAAGUAACUACGAUAAGGCUAUGGAGUGCUACCAACAAGCGCGAGAUAAGUACGAGAAGAAUGGUAGCACGUAUAGCCAAAAUAAGCAAUCAAUAUUGUAUUGGAUGAUGGCUGAAGUGAAUUUUUUUCGUCUUAACUACAAGGAGGCACUUGAGUACUUCCGGCUUGCAGAAAAUUAUUCUCCGAAAACUAGAACUCGCUUACUUUCUAAUAUAUACCAGGGUAUCGGCAAGUUGUAUGUCUGUAUGUACCAGUUUGGAGAUGCGGAAUCGUAUCUUUUAAAAAGCUUCAUUUGUUACGAGCAAAUCUUCACUAAUCUUGGAAAGCUAGAAGACGUAAAAACUAAUAUCGUAGAUACCUAUAUUGAGGCAUAUCACUGGCUAGUCUUUGUGUCAGUUGUACUCGGGAAAAAGAGCCAAGCCUUGUUGGUGUCAGAGCAAGGAAGAUCGCGCGCCCUUAGUGAAAACCUUCAAACCAAAUAUGGACUUCAAGGAGAUGCAACAAAGAGCUCAUUAGACCAAGAAGUAUGUUUGUUAGUCAGUGGUACCUCGCCCUCGUUUGUUGUUGUAUCAUUGAGUGAUAAAUACCUUCACUUAUUCACUCUCUCAUCUCUAACUCCGUUAGUUGUACAUCCCGCAGCAAUGAAAAUGACAGAUGAAGCGGAACAAUGGCUAUCUCUUUUCAGAUACCUGAUCAACAAAGUUAUAUGUGAUGCAAAUCUGCACGUCCGUCAAAAUCGCGAUGAUACUUUUGAAGACAGAUCGCUGGACCUGGACUAUGAUGACGAGUCUGAACAACAACACGUACUGACAGAACUCGCAAGGGUAACACUAGGGUCCAAGGGCUCAGAGAAGACGAAUGAAAUCGGAGGCGAAUCAAGCGGAAACAGAAAAGACAAGAGUGUCGCCAAGAUGUGGGGCGGAGAUAGUGAGUGUCACCUUGCUACCAGGUCUCCUUUACCACAUACCACAGGAAAACCGAAGGCGAGUGACGAGGGUACUAGCGGUAAAGUACCACAGGAGCACGAAGAAGACGUCUGUUCGCCACUCCCAAUAGGCAGUGCCGAGACACAGAGAGGGUCCGGUCUACUAAAAGAACUGUACCGGAUACUAAUUGAACCAAUUGAGAAGGAACUCACCCAAGUUGAAGUCGUGUUUGUUCCUGAAGGAGUUACGUUCAUGGUUCCAUUCGGCGCUCUGCAGUCGCCAGACGGGAGAUUCCUCGCUGAGAAAAAGGCAAUUCGUACUGGCCCAUCACUCACUACUCUUAAGUUACUGCGAGAAUGUCCUGAAGACAAGCACUGCAGACGUGGUGUACUUGUCGUUGCGAAUCCAAGAUCGAACGCAAACGUAUUUACACGCAACAGGAAUGGAGCCGACGUGGUGAUGUCUUUUCACGAGAGGUUUGCAAAUCUCCCUGCAGCAAGUAAGGAAGCUAUCAAGAUCAGAGAAAUACUUCCCGACGUGACAUGUUUGAUCGAGUACCAAGCGACCAAGAAUGCGGUGAUGCAGAGUCUCCAGAAAGGCGUCGGUGUUAUCCACAUCGCUUCGCACGGUGACUCAAAGACGGGUGAAAUAUUAGUCGCACCAGAACCACGCAUGGAUAAGCAUGAUAUCGCCGAAAAAGAGGAAUACCUCCUGACGAUGAAGGAAAUCAGCUCGUGUCAGAUCAACGCAAGUCUGGUCGUGCUCAGCUGCUGUCAUAGCGGCAGAGGCCAGAUCAGAGCCGAGGGCGUGAUGGGUCUGGCGCGAGCGUUCCUCGCUGCAGGAGCUCGCUCCGUGCUCGCAACGCUGUGGACUAUUGGCGACAAUGCCACACUGGAGUUCAUGGAGCGCUUUUAUCGUCACCUGGCCAGCGGAUUGUCAACUAGUGCCAGUCUCAAGCGGACAAUCCGGGACACCAUCUCAAUGAAUGAUAAAUACAGCCACCCCUAUUACUGGGGCGCGUUUGUUCUCGUCGGUGAUGACGUCACUAUACGGUAGAGACGUAGAAGGAAAGUUUCAAGAAACUCUGGAACCCUGCAACACAGGGAACUCGGAGGAGUAAGCUCAGCUUGACUUGUUUUCAUAUUCGUUUUCAUAUUCGUAGCUUAUCUAUGAAACAAUCUAGUUGAGUGUAACCAAGUUAACAAAAUAAAACAAAAAGGUUGUGAACAGGCACGUACCCAGGAUUGGCUGAGGAUUGGUGCGCAGUCAUAGGAAUCAUUUAGAAAAAGCACAGUAUUCGAAGAUUUCUUAAUAAGAAAUGACCCCCUUUUGGGCCACAAAGAGGGGGGGGGGAUGCGUGCGCAUUCUGCGGAGGGAGCGAAUGUUUUUUGAGGGAACCCUUAAAAGCAUUCACGAAGGCUUGUAUUCUUUGAUAAUAAUAACCGAGUUAAAUUUCACUUUGCUAAUUCCGCUUAUUAAUCAAAUCCAGAUUAUUAGUAAAUAAUCACAAAAUUUAAUUCUUCUUAGAAUGUAAGAAAUCCAUUGCUAUAACUGCAGAUUAAGAUACGGUUUUUCAUCUUUUUUCUUUAUUAAUUAUUAUAAAGUAUAUCCUAUAUUUUGAUGCUCUUUGCAUAGGAUCAAAUAAGUAUAAUAAUAAUGAUAUUAAUUGUAUAGUAGAGACUAGUGUUUGGCCAUAUUAUAGUAUUUGUAGGAAUAGAAGAGGAAAUAAAAUGUAAAUACAA